AUGCUCUGUCCAUCGAAUAAAUUUGCUCUUCAAUUGAAUAAAUACUACAUGGAAAAAGUUAUUUCGCGAAAAAAUUUCAUUUACAAAACUGUCAAAGAAGUUUCGAAAGUUGUUUCCGAUGUUUUGCAUGAAGUUGAAUCACAAGAGCCAAGAUUUAUAUCGUCACUCAAUGAAGUCAACGGACGCUUUGAAGGUUUAACUGUUGUUUCACAAACGGAAUUUGAAGUAGUCUUGUACUUGAAUCAAAUGGGCGUUUUUAAUUUCGUGGAUGAUGGUUCGAUACCCGGCUGUGCAGUUCUAAAAUUGUCCGAUGGUCGCAAGCGUUCCAUGUCGCUCUGGGUGGAAUUCAUAACUGCCAGUGGUUACCUAUCGGCCCGAAAGAUUCGUUCACGUUUCCAAGCACUCGUCGCUCAAGCUUGUGAAAAGUCUGCAUGUCGAGAUCAAGUACAAUUAUUAGUGGAAACAUCGGAGGUUCGUCUUCGCAUUAAUGACAAGUAUAUUGUACAUAUUAUACCGGCGUUUCGUUGUGCUGGCCUGUGGCCGCGCUCAGCGUCACAUUGGCCGUUUUCUUCGACGCAAUUUUCGAAUUGGCCAAAUCCCAACCAGAUUAACGAUGUGAAAAAUGAAGGAUUUAAUAUUUUAUCUAAGGAAUCGAUCUAUAUGAGAGAUAAACAGGUCAGUUCCGAAGGUGAUGCAUGGGCUAUGUCAUUUACCGAAGCCGAAGAUCGACUUCUACAAAAUGGAACACGUCGAAAGUGUCUAUCGAUAUUAAAAACCUUACGUGAUCGCAAUUUUGAUCUAGUUCCAAUUACGAACUACGUUCUCAAGACUUUAAUUUUAUACGAAUGUGAAAAGCAUCCCAAUGAACAUGAAUGGAGCGAUGAAAUCACUCUAGGCGAUCGUCUCAAUGGAAUUCUCUUGCAAUUAAUAUCAUGUUUACAAUGCCGAAAAUGUCCGCAUUACUUCCUACCCAACGUUGAUUUAUUCAAAGGCAAAUCUCUUCAAGCUUUAGAUAAUGCGGCUAAACAAUGUUGGCGUCUAACACGUGAAAUGCUCAUCAAUAGUCAUUGUCUUGAUAAAUUGUAG